GUGUUUUUUAAAGAAAUAUUUUUAAAUAUAUUGGAGACUUCAACAAGUUCCUUUGAACACAAGUGGAUGGUUAUACAAACCCUGACAAGGAUUUGUGCAGAUGCCCAGUGUGUUGUGGAUAUUUACGUGAACUAUGACUGUGACUUAAAUGCUGCUAAUAUUUUUGAACGACUUGUCAAUGAUUUGUCUAAAAUUGCUCAAGGAAGAAGCGGACAUGAACUUGGAAUGACUCCGUUGCAGGAGCUUAGUCUACGGAAGAAAGGAUUGGAAUGUUUAGUGUCAAUAUUAAAGUGUAUGGUGGAAUGGAGCAAAGAUCUAUACGUGAAUCCCAAUCAUCAAUCAAUUCUUGGUUCUGAAAAAACUUCAGAUGCUGAAAGUGGUGAAAGCAAAACUCCUGAAAUAGUAGGAAGGAGAAGCAGUAUCAGCUCAUUUGAUUCUACAGUUUCCUCAGGAAUCGGCAGUAUUAGCACCCAGGCUUCCGUCCUUGAUGAUCCAGAGCAAUUUGAAGUUAUAAAACAGCAGAAGGAAAUAAUUGAGCAUGGGAUACAAUUAUUUAAUAAAAAACCAAAAAGAGGUAUACAGUAUCUACAAGAGCAGGGCAUGCUGGGAUCUACUCCUCAGGAUAUUGCACAAUUUUUACACCAAGAAGAUCGUCUGGAUUUUACCCAGAUAGGAGACUUUUUGGGAGAGAACAAUAGAUUUAAUCGGGAAGUGAUGUAUGCCUACGUAGACCAGCUGGAUUUCUGUGACAGAGACUUUGUGUCUGCUCUACGCAUGUUUUUGGAAGGAUUCCGACUUCCUGGAGAAGCUCAGAAGAUUGACAGACUCAUGGAGAAAUUUGCUGCACGAUAUUUAGAGUGCAACCAAAG